UUCAGUCGCUGGAAUAAACAACUUUCGCCAGCUCCGUGCUACAAAGACGUAAAAAGAAAAAGCCCUUCAACCUUCAAGCGCCAUAGACAAAGGACUUAAGGAAAUACUUAUAAUUAUAAAGGGAUCUUCAGUUGAAUAUGACCGACUAUGAAGUGUCUGUACAGCAGCUGAAUGACCUUUUGUCAGACGAAAAUGGCCACUUCAGCAUGCCAUCUAAAGAUUUCAAUGAAGUCUACCCAAGGAUUCUGCUUGGAAAUGAGUCUGUAGCCACAAAUGUGAAACUCUUGCAACAACUGAGAGUGACACACAUUAUUAAUGUCGCUGAAGGAGACUCAUAUAUGCACGUGAAUACAGGUGCAGAAUAUUAUGUGGGUACGGGCAUUAUCUACCAUGGAAUACCAGCCAAUGACGUGGAAUAUUUUGAUCUCAGUGUAUAUUUUGAAGAGGGUGCAGACUUCAUAGCACAGGCCUUGGCAUAUGAUGGAGACAGAGGGAAGGUGUAUGUGCACUGCCAGAAGGGUUACAGUCGUUCAGCAGCAAUCGUCAUUGCUUACCUGAUGUUGAGACACAAGCUGGACGUACAAGCUGCUUUAGCUACAGUGAGAGAAAAACGAGAGAUCGGACCUAAUGAUGGUUUUCUGUGCCAGCUCUGUCAACUCAAUGACAGACUGAAAAAGGAUUAGAAUCUUCUUCCAGCAAAUAAUAUUCUCCAUAAUAUGUUCUCUGUGUUCUGUGUUAUCCUUGUGUGACACAUAUAUUAAAAUUAUUAGAAU